UACGUAGUGAAUUUACAUUUCAUAACUUGCAAAAUAUUUAUAUCAUAAUUAAUUAAUUGUAAAAACAAAAUAAAUCAAAAUGGGUAAAGGAUUUAAUAAUUACAUGUGUAAAAAGUUUUUCCAUCCUGCGUCUAGAGACAAUUUAAAACGAGUAUGGAUGGCUGAACAAAAAACUGAAGCAUACAAAAAGAAACAAGAUGAACUUCGUGUACAAUAUGAAAAAGAACAAGACCUUCACGAUAACAAAGCGAUGUUAAGUAAAGAGAGCAAAGAUAAAUUAAGCGUGAAUUUUAUGUAUGAACCACCACCAGGAAUGAAACGUGAACGUGAACGAGAAGACAACGAACCAGAAUACAAAUUUGAAUGGCAACGUAAAUAUAAUGCACCGCGAGAAAGUUAUUGUAAAGGUGAUUCAGAGAUUCGUGAUCAACCGUUCGGUAUUCAAGUACGAAAUGUUCGAUGUAUUAAGUGUCAUAAGUGGGGUCAUAUUAAUACGGACAAGGAAUGUCCAAUGUAUAGUAUGUCAAUGAGUGCAGCUCGUGCUGCUACCGCUACGGAAUCUGUUCCUUCAUUAGAUCAAAACACUCUAGUGCAACAAAUGUUAGACGAUGGAUUGGCGUUGAAAAGAGGUGUUACUCGUAUGGAAGAUAGAGAAUUGAUUGUAAGUGAUUCAGAAGAUAGUAUUCCUGGAGAUGCUGCAUUUAUUUCAUCACUUUCGAAAAAACAGAAAAAAGCACUUUUAAAAAAAUUAGAAAAAUUAGAGAAGAAAGCAAGUAAGAAAAAGAAGAAAAAGCAUUCAAAAUCAUCUUCAGACUCAGAAGAAUCUACUUCUGAGAAAUCUAAAUCGAAAAAGAAAAAACAUAGUGUAUCUAAAUCAUAUUCGUCUUCAGAACAUUCAGAAAAUUCAAAUUCUGAAAGAAUAAAAUCAAAAAAUAAACGACGUGAUUCGUCGUCAGACUUAGAAGAAUCAAGUAAAUCGAAAGAAAAGUAUAAAAAUUAUAAUAAAUAUGAUAAACAAUCUAAAAGUGAUUAUAAUGACAGACGUAGAAGACGUUCAACUUCAUCAGAGUCAUACACAGAAGAUAAACGUAAACGUGAUAGAAGUUCUAAGGAGAAGAAACGUAAAUCAGAUUCAAGUGAUGAUGAAAAUCAACGGCAUCGUCAUAACAAGCGAUCUAAAACCGAUGAUUACAAGAAAAAAACUUAUUAUAAUCGUUAAAAAUAAUUAAUAUUGUUUUAAAAAACUGCAUGGGGCACUAUUUUAGAUACGUGUUCUUUACCACAACAAAAUAAAUAAAAAUUUUCAUAAAAACAAAUUUUUAAAAUAAAA